UCCCAGGGUAUAAAAAGAACGAACCCUCUCCACAGCAAUUACAACUCAGCCAAGAAGGAGAAACAGUCCUCAACUUUCCUGAAAACAGCCAACAGAGAAGCCUCAACUGAUGAGGCCAAGCUAAAGGCUCUGUGCUCCAAACAAGCUUCUCAAGUACAACCUUUCUCCACUCCUAGACUUCCUCUUGUCUGUUCUUUCUCUGUCUAUCGGCUCACUCUCUCUCCAGACUCCUCCACCAUGCCUCCUCAGCUUCAGUCCCAGAACCAGAGCAGUCCCAGGAUCCUGCAGGGCGAUCUCAGUACCCUCAGUCCGGCCGUGAAGGAGUUUGUAGAUGCCAAUGUGAGUCUGUGCCAGCCCGACUCCCUCCACAUCUGUGACGGCUCAGACGAGGAAAACCGCGCCAUCCUGACCCAGCUGGAGGAGCAAGGGAUGAUCAAGAAGCUCAACAAAUAUGAGAACUGCUGGUUGGCCAGGACUGACCCGAGGGACGUAGCUCGGGUUGAGAGUAAGACUGUUAUUGUGACCCGGGACCAGAGGGACACGGUGCCCACAUCGCUGGGGGGCGCAGUCAGCCAGCUGGGCCGCUGGAUGCCCCCGGAAGAGUUUGACAAAGCCAUGACUCAGCGGUUCCCUGGUUGCAUGAAAGGUCGUACCAUGUAUGUGAUUCCCUUCAGUAUGGGUCCAGUAGGUUCCCCCCUCUCUAAGAUUGGCGUGGAGCUGACAGACUCUCCCUAUGUGGUGGUCAGUAUGAGGGUGAUGACCCGGAUGGGGAAGGAUGUGCUGUCCGCUUUGGGGACGGGCGAGUUCGUCCGCUGUCUGCACUCCGUCGGCUGUCCUCUACCGCUCAAAAAGCCCCUGGUGAACAACUGGCCUUGUAACCCCGAGCAGACAUUAAUCGCCCACAUCCCAGACCGCAGGCAGAUCGUCUCAUUCGGUAGUGGUUACGGAGGAAACUCCCUGCUGGGGAAGAAGUGCUUUGCUCUGCGCAUUGCCUCACGUAUCGCUAAGGAGGAGGGCUGGCUGGCAGAGCACAUGCUGAUCCUGGGCGUCACCAACCCUGCCGGGGAGAAGAAGUACAUGGCAGCAGCCUUCCCCAGCGCCUGCGGGAAGACAAAUCUGGCCAUGCUCUGCCCGACGCUGCCGGGCUGGAAGGUUGAGUGUGUGGGAGACGACAUCGCCUGGAUGAAGUUUGACAACCAAGGCAACCUACGUGCCAUCAACCCGGAGAAUGGCUUUUUUGGAGUUGCGCCCGGCACCUCAGCCAAAACCAACCCCAAUGCCAUGAAGACCAUCAUCAAGAACACCGUUUUCACCAAUGUUGCAGAGACUAGCGAUGGCGGUGUGUACUGGGAGGGAAUGGACCAGACGCUGCCUGAGGGAGUCACCAUCACUUCCUGGAAGAACAAGCCCUGGAGCUCAGAAGAUGGCGAACCCUGUGCUCACCCCAACUCUCGUUUCUGCACUCCGGCCGGUCAGUGUCCCAUCAUCGACCCACUGUGGGAAUCCCCAGAGGGAGUCCCUAUUGAGGCCAUCAUCUUUGGAGGGCGCAGGCCAGAAGGUGUCCCUCUAGUAUAUGAGGCUUUCAGCUGGCAGCAUGGAGUGUUUGUUGGAGCAGCCAUGAGGUCAGAGGCCACCGCUGCAGCUGAACACAAAGGCAAGGUGAUCAUGCAUGACCCCUUCGCCAUGCGUCCCUUCUUUGGCUACAACUUUGGACAGUACCUCUCUCACUGGCUGAGUAUGGCCGACCGCCCCGGCGCCAAGCUCCCCAAGAUCUUUCACGUCAACUGGUUCCGCAAGAGCCCCACCGCCGGAUUUCUCUGGCCCGGUUUCGGCGACAACAUCCGCGUGCUUGACUGGAUGUUCAGGCGGGUGAAUGGCGAGGCCGGCGCCGUGCCCUCUGCUGUGGGCUACCUGCCUCACUGUGACUCUCUAAACCUCCAGGGCCUGCAGGAGGACGUGGACCUCAACGAGCUGUUCUCCCUGGAUCAGGAGUUCUGGCAGAGGGAGGUGGAUGAGGUGAGGAAGUACUUCACCACGCAGGUGAACGACGACCUGCCCAGUGAGGUGGCCCGGCAGCUGGAGCUCCUGCAGCAGCGAGUGAAGCAGAUGUAAAGAGGAAAAACAGGAGGGGAAGAAAAGAAGUGUGUCCGAAAUUCUGAGGGAACAUGUUGGUAAUCUAGAACCAACUUUUAGUAAUUGUAGAAUAUCUCGUUCUUGUGCUGAAGAACACAUAUAAAGAAUUCCUUUCUUUGAGGUGAAGCCUUACAACUUCCUGAAAGAGGAGCAAUUCUCCUCUGAUAAUUCUUGUUUUUUUCAUUAGCUAGAAAUCCUCCCCCUUUUCGGAUGAUUAUUCUGAAAAUACUACUGUUAAAAUUCCGCUGGGGGUGCUGAGAUGAAUAAUAUGAAUUUGUAGGAAUUGUUGAGUUUUUCACUGUGGUUUAAGUGAAAUGUCAUAAAAAUGACAGCCAGAGGGCACCAGUCACAAAUAAAUCGGAAAUCUUUCUUUUCCAUCCCUUCACAUGCUGUCGUAGCAGCACUAUGUUUUCAUAUGUUUCCAAUGUGUUGUCCUACUGUAUGUCUGAAUUAUAUUAUUUAAUAAUAACUUAUUAUGAGCA